AUGUGCUCUCUUCUUUGGUCUUGGGUUUGUUCUCAUCCCUUUGACUUCAUUGCAAAUUUCACUAUUGGUUGUCUUUAG